AUGAAAAACCCAGGAAGGAGUAAUCACUCUGACCCUGUGAGUGUAUUCAUUCUUCUUGGAUUUCCUUGUACCUGGGAGACUCAGAUGUUCCUCUUCUCACUCUUCUCUGUGACCUAUGUCCUGACGCUCGUUGGAAACCUCUGCAUUAUCUGUUCAGUGUGGUGGGACCGCUGUCUGCACACACCCAUGUAUGUCCUGCUGGCCAAUUUUUCCUUCCUGGAGAUCUGGUAUGUCACUUCUACUGUCCCCAACAUGCUAGCCAACUUUCUCUCGGAGACCAGCACCAUCUCCUUCUCUGGCUGCUUCCUCCAGUUCUAUUUCUUCUUCUCCAUGGGCACCACUGAGACCUUCCUCCUGUCUGCCAUGGCCUUUGACAGGUACCUUGCUAUCUGCAGGCCCCUGCACUACCCCACUGUCAUGACAGUAGAACGCUGCAUCCGAACUGGAGCCUGCUGCUGGGUGUGUGGCUUCUCCUGCUUUCUCCUCCCAGUUUAUCUCAUCUCCCAGCUUCCUUUUUGUGGCCCCAAUACUAUUGAUCAUUUUUUAUGUGACCCAGGACCCCUUAUAAAGUUGUCCUGUGUGCCAGCUCCUGCCAUUGAGAUCACCUGUGGCAUCUUAAACUCGGUCCUCAUUUUCGCCACCUUUUUCUUCAUUACCGGCUCCUACACCCUGGUGAUCAGAGCUGUGCUGAAGGUCCCCACAGCAGAAGGCCGGCAUAAGGCCUUCUCUACCUGUGGCUCCCACAUGGCCGUAGUGUCCCUGUUCUAUGGUUCUAUCAUGGUGAUGUAUGUGAGCCCAACAGCAGACAAUCUAGCAGGGAUUCAUAAAAUUGUGACUUUAUUUUAUUCUGUGUUAACUCCACUUUUUAAUCCCUUGAUCUAUAGCCUCCGGAAUAAGGAGAUGAAUAAGGCCCUGAGAAAACUGCUGACAAGUGUGAGAUUUGGUCAAAGUCAGCCUCUCAAGAACUAG